GCCGGCGGCGGCGCCGGCGGUUGGAAGGGGGUGGAGUUGCCCUUGGAGGCGGCACCGGCCCUGGGCCCCGAGGCCCGCCGCGCCCUAUCGGGCCCGAGCCGAGUGGCCCCGCGGAGCCGGCGCGCUCCCGCCUGCAGGGGGAGGGCGGACUGGGCGCGGGGACCGGCCAGGCCGCGGCGGGCGCUGUUUCUCUUUCACUUUCCUUCCCUCUGAGGCCGGCGCGCUGGCGGACGAGGAGCGGCGGCGGCCGCGGCCGCGGGAUAUGGAAAAGCAGAACCACCAAAAGGAGUGAUGACCAGUGAUCUCAUGAUAAAUCUGGAUGUCAGUUCUCAUGCCUCAGGACAUCCAGUCGGGAACUCCACACCAGCUCCUGGCAUCAGACUUUCAUCUACUUAAUACCCCUCUUUGCCUGUACUACUAAAGCCAGUCAUAGCUGACCACGAAUGGCUACCCAAAGGAAACACUUGGUGAAAGAUUUCAAUCCUUACAUCACCUGCUAUAUCUGUAAAGGGUAUCUGAUCAAGCCAACUACAGUGACCGAAUGCCUCCAUACCUUCUGUAAGACUUGUAUUGUCCAGCACUUUGAAGAUAGCAAUGAUUGUCCAAGGUGUGGCAACCAGGUUCAUGAGACCAAUCCAUUAGAAAUGUUGAGGUUGGACAAUACGUUAGAGGAAAUCAUAUUUAAACUGGUCCCUGGACUACGAGAACAAGAACUUGAGCGUGAAUCUGAAUUUUGGAAGAAAAAUAAGCCUCAAGAAAAUGGACAAGAUGAUACUUCAAAAGUUGACAGACCUAAAGUAGAUGAAGAAGGUGAUGAAAAUCAAGAUGAUAAAGACUAUCACAGAAGUGACCCACAAAUUGCUAUAUGUCUAGAUUGUUUACGAAAUAAUGGACAAUCAGGGGACAAUGUAGUAAAGGGUUUAAUGAAGAAAUUCAUUCGGUGUUCUACACGUGUAACUGUGGGAACUAUUAAAAAAUUUCUAAGUUUAAAACUAAAACUUCCAAGUUCUUAUGAGUUGGAUGUGCUGUGCAAUGGUGAAAUUAUGGGGAAGGAUCAUACUAUGGAAUUCAUCUACAUGACGAGGUGGCGACUAAGAGGCGAAAACUUUCGGUGUCUGAACUGCUCAGCUUCGCAAGUCUGCUCUCAGGAUGGCCCUUUAUAUCAGUCAUACCCCAUGGUAUUGCAGUAUCGACCGAGAAUUGACUUUGGUUAGACCAAGGGCCCUAGAUGCCACUGAGAUGAAUCCUGCGCUGUUUGUUGACUCAUCGGCAGAUUGCACAGGGACCUGUGUGUGGACCAGAGGGACACAACCAGAUUUCUCAGCAUGCAAAUAAGGCCAUUGUCUGUCUCUAAAUUGUCAGUUGCAUUUAUGUUGUUUCUAUUAAGAGCAAACCAAGUGCCAUUCUGCUACUGAACCAUCCGCAUAAGGUAUCUGUGGUGUCUCACAGUGUACAAUACACGUCACGGUGGAAACAAGUUAGCUGUGCAGCCAUGAUUCGGCCUUUGGAGUAUUUUGCUUGCCUGUUCCAAGAUUGUUCUAAUGUUUAAUUACACUAGUAAUAUGGCUCAAUCUUUGUGGUGUUGCAGUUUUUACAUACUUACUGUUUUAUUAAUUCUUGUUUAAAUAGAGUACUGUACAAGAAACUAAUAAUUAUUAUAUCUCGAAAUUAUUUUGUAUGGGAAGUGUAUCUAGAAAAGUGGUUUUUGAGCCACUGUCCUGUUCUUGGUAAGCUUUUUGUGUGCAAAAUAGUUCACUCUUGAGUGUGCAAGUCCUUUUGGGAAGAAUUCCAAUUAUUCUUUAACAUUAGAGCACAUUAUAAUUGUAGACAUUUUGUCAUAUGUCUGUGUAGUCUACCAAUUGCACAAGGAAGGCAGAUUAGCCCUCCAGAUCAAAAACAUAUGUGACUUCUUAGAGAGCUGAAGUUAGAUUCACAACCAUUCAAAAUGUUGGCAGCUGAUCACAUUUACUUCUAACAAAAUUAAUGUGUAAGUAAGGUUAAUCUUCUUUCAUAAUGCCUUAUGACAAGCGGGUGCUGCUUCAUGAAAUGUCAUUGUAUGCCCAUUUUAUGUGUGCAUCAUUUUAUUGUCACCCUCAUUCAAUGAGUACAUGGUUUCUCUUUUUAAGUUGGCCUUAGGUGUGUGUCAUUUGGCAUGCAGAGGAUUUUGAUGAUUUUAAAGAUUAGGAUUUUUAGAGCAGAUAACAUUAGCUGUUUUAUGUAUUUCAAAAAUUUCAAAGCAAUUGUAGAUUAAAAUUGUCACCUAUCACAUUUCCAAACCAUAUGCGUAAAAUAGAAUAAAUGCAGUGUAGUAGAUAAAUACGCUAACCAAAAUUAAUGGUUUGAGGAUAUUUCAUUUUAGAUCCUGUAGUAAUCAGGGGGAAUGGGAUUACCGUUUUAUACAUAAAUUCCGUUAAGGUCUGAGCUGUGACAGUGUCUCUGAUUUGGCGGUUCUGUGAAGUCUUCCAUUCAUUUUGAGAUUAGUCUGCAAGUCAAAGAAUGUCUUAUCUUAAAUUAUAUGAAGAACUUCAUUUUAAACCUUUUAAAAUUUACACUUGUUUUAAAAAAUCUUCUUUGAAAAUUAAGUUUUAUUAAUUGCUUCAAAAUAAGUUAGCCUCAAACUUAGGAAAAAAUCUUGAGUGUUAGGAAAAAUAUUUUGUUUUAGAAGUCUGACGAGCACAAUCUGUGUGUUACACACAUGGUUUUUAUACUGUAUACAUGUAGACGUGCUACAUUUUCCAGUAAAAUGUAUCACAAAUUAAUGCCUUCUGAAUCUCAAAAUGUACAACUCUAAGAAACAGUACAAAAUACAGCUAAAUUUUGAUGCAUUUCACAAUAUAAAAGGCUGAAACUUCAUAAUUAUCUUUUCCGUCUAUCUUUGUUUCAAGUAAAAAAGUUUAUAUUAAAGUUUUCUGUUGUUUUUGUUCUGACUUGUGAAAAAGGUUAUGGCAAUACUUUCUUGUUUCAUUUUGUUAGAUUGUGUUUGUGCUCGCAAGGGCUCAUAAGCAGAAUUUCAAAGGCAGAUUUUUGUGAACUCUUUAAAUGGUUGGAACAGACCAUUACACUCAACCAAAAACUGAAUUUACUCUAACUACAGAAAUUAUUUUGUCAUGCUGUGAAAUACAAUUCCCUGACAUCCCUAACAAACUGUAAAAUUUAUUAUAAAUUUGUCACAUCAAGGUAAUUAAAAUAAUGUUUUACAUACGGAAGUUAAUUUUAAUUAACUUAACUCAGAUUGAAUUGAGAGUGCAUUUUAAAAACCACAAAUGAGACCUGGAUGUUUUUGGGUCCCCAGCCAAAACGUACAGCCUUAAAUGAGUUUUAUAUUCAAGAUCUCUUUAAAUUUGGCCUGUUGCCUCAUCAUAUGUAAUUUCAUUAUUUUCCAAGGAAAUAUAUAGGAAGCAGUUAUGGAAUUGAGAAUAGUUUUAUAUAAAAUUCCUUUAUUAAUGUUAAUGUAUUAACAUUUUUACUGAAAUGCAAUGGAAUAUGUGCCAAAAUGUGAAAACUUACAUAGAGAAGGGCAUCAGUUGUCAUUUGGGGAAAGGUACACAUUUUAUGAUGGUCCUGAGUAAUCCGGUGUUACUAUUAGAACCACAGACUUCUUCAACCAACCUCUUUUGGUGUAUUCAACUAUCAUUUUCUAAGUAUGGGACUACUUUCGUGUCGAGUAAUACACUAAAUCCCCAGGUAAUUAUUCCCUAAGUCAGGAUGUGGAAUUUGUAAGAAACCAGGUAUAGAAAAAAUAUACAGGCAACUUUUGUGGUUAGCUUUAUAAACUUAGGGUGCUAAUAAAACAUUCUUUAUCUCAAUAACCUAUAGGAAUAAUCCUCUGAAUCUGCAAAAUUGGAGAAUAAAAAUAAAAUAAAGUUUUUCUUUAGCCUAUUGUUCUUAAGGAAUACACUGAAAGACCUUUACUUCCAUAAAAGAUUUUGUAAUCUGUUUUCUCUGCCUUGGAUAUCAUAGAUGUAAAUGGAUCAAGGAACUUUGGAUAUAAACGCCACCUGUGGUUUAUACUCAUCACCUUAACUGAAGUCAUCAAUAAAAAAAUAAACUAAAAGACUCAUUAACGAGGCGAUAAUUAGGUCAUUCAUUCUGGGGUGCAGGUACCUUGGGUAAUAUCUUUUAACUACUUUUAGAAAAGUAUAUUAUGUCUUUAUUCAUGGAAAAUCUGUCCCAUACUAAUAUGCAACAUUUUAUAAAUUUAAUGAGUUUGCUCAACUGUAUUAUACACUCAAGUGGAAUCUAAAUUUAAAUGAUUCUUUAAGGGGAAAAAAGUGUGUUAUAUACUAUUGUGAACUGUUUAGCUUUAUUGAAAUAUUUAAGAGAAAGUGCCUCAUUGCUAAAGUGCAUUUCUGUUUUAGAUUUAUUGCAUACAUUGAGUUAUCUGUACCUGUCUCUUAUGAAUGGUUUCGUAUCUAAAUAGGCACUCAUAAGAGUAAUCUCUUUUUGAAAGAUUUUCAUAAGAAAAUAGAUAUCGCCAAAGAUAUUUUACUGUUAAUUAAUAACCAUGUUGGAGAGACAGUUUUAACAGUUUGGAAGUUGGAAAUUUUUAGAUUGCAAUUUAAUUUUAUAUAGUUAGGCAAUAACCUUGAUUAAUAGCAAAACUUCACCAAAGAAAGGCUUUAAACUGAAUUAUCACAGAUCAGUCAAAUGCAGGUUUGUCUUGCAAUAAUCAGAGUACAGUUCCUUUCAAAUAUGUUCCUUGUUUUUCAGAACCAUCUGACAGAUUUUAGGAAAUCCUCAAAGGUGAGAGAGAUAAACACAACAAAUAGCCUCCUUCUGGAUGAAAAGUGCGAGAAAUACAUACUUUGAGAAGAAAAUUGAAAUUGAGGUUUUAAAUUCUAAUUUGAGAAGCUUUUUAUUCCAUGGAGGCAGUAUAAACUAAAAUUAUGCUUAUUUAGUUUCCUGAGUUCUCUGUAAUAUGGGAAAUUUUGUUAAAGACAGACCUUGGGAAAAGUACCGACAUGCUUACUUGUAUAGAAAAUAGUAUAUUCUAUUGGACUUACAUAAGUAAGUGCUUUUUCUGUAAUUAAAACAAAAUCUUCAUGAAAGCCUGUUUUUCUUCCCUUAAAAAGUAACUCUUUGUCUUGUUUCUCAGCAAUGGCUUUAUUGUCAUUAGCAUUUAGCCAUACAGCCAAAUCUGGCAAAAUGGGUCCCAGAUCAAGAGCAUAUACAUCAAGUUAAGCACUCUCCCUACACCGUUCCCUUUGGGCGCUCCUGGAGUGGGCACCUUAAAGGUGAAGCGCAUGUUGUGAAGUCUUUAUGAUAGACCACUAGGUGAGCCUCCUUGCAUAGGAUAAAACUCUAUGACAUGCUCUGGUUUAUCAGAAGGAAGUUUUCAGCAGGCUGUUUUAUACCAGUAAGACGUUGGUUGGUUGUAGGAAUUACAAAAAUGAAUGAGUUUGCCAUACUUUAAUUUUAUGGAUUAGAAACACAAAAACGUGAAAUGCUAUUAUUAUUUUAAGAUAUAUAUCCCUACAAUUAGGAGCAUAACAUGUCCCAGAUCUAGUUUAUGAAAAAUUGAAAGAUACACUAGAGACUCAGAAACCCUUUCAAAGCACAAAAUAACCAGCUGUUUCUGGAUUUGCUUGAUGGGCCUAGUUCACUAGUAUUUUAAUGGAAAAACAUCAGAUUGAAAAUUCAUUAAAAUGUGUUUAAAUAUACAUUACAGGGUUUUCAUAAUUUUCUUUUUCUUAAAGCAAUGGCAUUUUCCCAAAAAUUUAAAGUGAUUCUCUUCCUAGUGUAAUGUAGUUUUCACAAAUAGUGUGUUUACUUGCUGUCCUUACUAUAUUUUCAAAUAGAAUCAAAAUGCUUGAGCACUUCCUUUUCAGAAAGUUAUGAAAUUAAACUUAUUAUUUUAAAUGCUCACUAAAAUGUGUCUGUACUCAUUAUGCCUUUUCUAAGGUUCAAAACCAAGACAUUGUUCAGAAAUGCUUUUUAAUUUUAAUUAUCUUUAAAUCUAGAGUCAAGCAAAACAGAUAUACGUUAAAUACCGGUCUAGUUUUCUUCCACCUCUCAGAGCUUCAUGGAAUAAGAAACUGAUCUAGUACAAGUGAAUAUUGGACAUUUCUGGGCAAUGUGGAGAUAGUAAACAGGUCAUUUCUCCGUAGACUUCCCAUCAGUCCACUGGCACAGGAGUUCUACACAUUAAAAGUGUAAUGGGAUCAGCCUAACAUUGUUUGGGGUCGGUUUUCUUUUGCUGUAUUUUUAGAACGGGGUUGGGGGCCUAAGUGUCCUUAUGAAGCUGUGGUCCACGACAAGAGCUUGUGGGGGGAGCGCCAGUCUUCUGCGUUCCUGCAUCUGGCAACACAACAGCAAGCAUCCGUUUUUAAUAGAGUCGCCCUCACAUUAAAUAAAACCAUCAUAGAGUAUAUUGUACAGUUAUGUUGCUAAUUUUCCUUUGAAAUAUAAAAUAUUUUAAGCUUUUUUUGUCAAAAGUGGUAACAUCUUAAUACAAAUAAAAACCUUUUUGUGGUUGUAAGAUUUAGCUUAUAAAUCAUUCAAAUUGAAGUGAAAGAAUUACCAGGUCAUUGUUAAUGACUUAGUCUAUUAAGAAUAUAUGUAUUUUUGUAAAGGAAAAGCACUUGUAGAUAUUUAAUCAGUACAAGAUAUAUGUCUGUUUUGCAGAAAUAAAAUGCUGCUUAGAGAUUCUCUUUAAAUGUUUUUUAUUUUUGUGCUCAAAUGUAUUUUCUGUUGAUCUGUGGAAUGUUCUGUACAAAGCUGUAUGGUUGUUCUGUUGGGCUAGAUACUUUUGUUUUUUAAAAUCUGGACUUAGCCAAGUAUAUUUGACCAUGUUAAAAACAGUAUCUUUGUUAUUAAAAAUUUGAUUGCAUAA